AUGAAGAACAGUGUAUGGACAAUCUAUCAUCACAUGAUAAAAGAUGAUUCAUGUACCCUAGAAGAGCAGCACAAGCUAUGCCCCAAAGGUGAAGGCUCCUGGUGCAAAUUUUGGAAGGCUCUCAAAGAAUAUAAAGAGGACAACCGUCUUUUCCUUAUGUUUUAAUUAAUUAGCUGUUGCCAAUUUUCUUUAGGCUUAGUAAUGACGAUUUAUUGAAAAGGUGUUUGCAGGAGCAAACCCAGAAUCAAAAUGAGAGCGUUAAUGGACAGUUAUGGUCAAGAUGCCCCAAAAAAAAGUUUGAAAGUUUUAAGUUUUUUUUUUUUAAUUUCCACUGCAAUCAUGUGAUUGCCCUCCUGUACUAUUUGGCACACUGCAAGCAACUGGGUUUUUCAUCUCUUCCUGAUGACCUGACAAGAAAACUGAAAAAAACCAAUUGAAAAUUCCGAUGUUAAAACAGCAUUAUGGUCUCAAAAUGGAGAUUAACCCUCAUCUGAUUGGCUGAGAGCUUCAGCAUUAACCAGUUACAUCGAACAACUAACAUCGAAGAAUGCACUAAACAAAAGUUUUUAAAGUAAAGCUAUUGUUUUUUAUUCUCGGUUUUCACGUUACGUCAUAGGGUAAUUUUAUUUCGUUAGCGGCCAUAUUGUUGUACACGCGGCUAAUUUGCAUACAUCAACUUGCAAUGUUUGAUUAAGGUUUUCAGUAUGUCUGAAAGUGAUAUUGAGGAAUCUCACGAAUCUGCUCAAGAAAAACUAGAAAAAACUGACGAAGAAGAUUGCUCUCUUGUUCCUCUGUCAUCGGAGUACUCUAAAAAGCUAGAAAGUCGCGUAAAACGUCGUUAUAUUGAGAAAAUUUCACUCUUUGGUAUUGACCCGGCUACGCUGUGGAAUGCAAAGUUGGAUCCGGAAUGUUUGCCUCCUAUCGAAGCUACGGAUCUGCUAUCCUAUUUGGUUUUGGAUACCAGCUUUUAUACUGCUAAGCAGUUCAAGGCCUUCAAGAGUUUGGAGGCAUAUAACCAGAUGGUUUCUGGCUUUAUCGCAAGUGUACAAGGGAAGGUUAUCGCCGGAAAGUACGUGGUCAUAGCAAAGGUGCGACAUUCCCAGCGUAUGAAUGACCCUCCGAUCCCCAUUUGGAUUAUUUCGAGUGAGGAAGGAACUGUUAUUUCGGCCCACUGCAUGGGAUGUAAAGCAAGAUUAGCAGAAAAGUGUUCCCAUGUUGCGAGCGUGCUUUUUAUAUUGAGACAUGGACAAGAAUCAACAGGAAACUAGCAUGCACCGAAGUCAAAUGCACGUGGCUUUUGCCGACCUAUGUGAAUGAAGUUCCGUACGCUAGAGCUCGGGAUAUCAAUUUUAAAUCAGCAAAGAAACUGAAAGCUGAGCUGGAUCUCAAGAUAGAUGACUUUGUGGGGAGAAACAGUCCCGAACAAGUGCUCAAGCAAGACAUAGCAAGACUUCCAACGUGUUAAGAUCACCCAAUGAGGAUGAAAUGGAAGCUCAGUUGAAAAAAAGUUGAAUGGUUUGGAUAUAAAACCAGUCAUCCUAAGUCUCUUUAAACCUUAUUGUGAUAGGUUUAUAUCCAGAAGCCAACAUGUUGUUACAAUAUCAGACUUAUACGACCCUAGUUAUCUAAACCUGAACUAUCCAGAGCUGCUGAAAAAAUGCUUGGAGGUCAAAUUAAACCUUAAUGAUAGUGAACUAGAUGCCAUUGAAGCCGACACAAGGAAGCAAUCCAAGGGGAAUCUCUUCUACCGACACAGAGCUGGCUGUAUUGGUGCUUCAGUCAGUUGGUCUGUGACACACAGUAAUCCUACGCAGUUUUUGAUAAAGUCUCUCUGCUACCCCCAUUUGUUCAAAGUCACCUCAAAAGCUGUCACCCAUGGCAAGAAACAUGAGGCAUCUGCUGUUGAGGCAUAUGUUUUUUAUAUAUAA